UUGACUUGCGUGGCGGGACCCGCGGCAGCCAUAUUUGUUAAGGGAAGGGGACCCGAGGGAAGCAAAGAACUUUUCUUCUCUUCACUCGCUGCUUACCACCACAAACGAACCCUAAAUUAUGGCGGCUUCUGCGCCGGCCCCGCAUACGACUGACUUCCCGGUUGAGGGUCGCUGCAGUUACUAUGUGGAAAAGAAGAAGCGCUUCUGCAGGAUGGUGGUGGCAGCGGGGAAAAGAUUCUGUGGGGAACACGCUGGAGCCGCGGAGGAAGAAAAUGCUCGGAAAAGAAUUCUGUGUCCUUUAGAUCCAAAACAUACAGUAUAUGAAGAUCAACUAUCAAAGCAUUUGAAAAAAUGUAACUCAAGAGAGAGGCCAAAACCUGACUUCUUUAUUCAAGAUAUUAAUGCAGGCUUAAAAGAUGAAACAGAAAUACCUGAACAAUUAGUUCCAAUUUCUUCUCUUUCUGAAGAGCAUUUGGAAAACUUAAUUAAGAAAUUGCAGAAAGCAAGUGAAGGUUUGAACUCUACACUUAAAGAUCAAAUUAUGUCCCAUCCAGCAUUGCAUGAUGCCCUUAAUGACCCUAAAAAUGGUGAUUCUGCAACCAAACACCUGAAACAGCAGGCUUCUAUUUUAGGUAACAUUGAAAAAUUAAAGUUACUUGGUCCAAGAAGAUGCUUUGUUGAGUUUGGAGCAGGAAAGGGAAAAUUAUCUCAUUGGGUUGAUAUUGCCUUAAAAGAUGCUGAAAAAGUUCACUUCAUCCUAGUAGAAAAGGUGACCACGAGAUUCAAGGUAGAUGGCAAACACAGAAAGAAAAAUUCAGUAUUUGAGAGACUUCAGAUUGAUAUUCAACACUUGUGUUUGAAUAAGAUUCCUUUGCUAAGCAAAGAAAAACUACCUGUGGUAGGAAUUGGAAAGCAUCUAUGUGGUGUAGCAACAGAUCUUGCAUUACGAUGUUUGGUUGAAACCUAUGCUGCCAGUUGUGAGGAAAGGAAUGAAGAACCUUUAGCCAAACGCAUAAAGAAUGAUAAAACAGGAAAAGAAAUUAACACUGUGGCCAAGAAAGGAAAUGAGAAAAAUGUCCCAGAGAAGUGGAGCCCUGUGGCUGGCAUUGUUAUUGCACUCUGUUGUCACCACAGGUGUGAUUGGAGACAUUAUGUGGGCAAAGAGUAUUUCAGGGCUCUAGGCCUUGGAGCAGUGGAAUUCCACUACUUCCAGCGAAUGAGUAGUUGGGCGACUUGUGGGAUGCGAAAAACAUCUUUGGAAGCCUCCAGUCUCAGCACAAAGAGAAAAGAUGAGCAGAACGAUGACAGUGAAGAGCAUGACGAUGGGGGAUGCCGAAUCACAGAUGAAAGCAGUGGGAGUGCGCCUGGGUUCCUUACUGUUGAAGAGAAGAAGAAAAUAGGGCAUCUUUGUAAAUUGCUGAUUGACCAAGGCCGAGUCGAGUAUUUACAGCAGAAAGGAUUCAGUCCUGCUUUACAGUAUUAUACAGAUCCUCUGGUGUCUUUGGAAAAUGUAUUGUUAACUGCUUUACCAAAUCAUUCUUCAUCACCAGAAACAACUGCUUAA